AUGUCAUCGGCAAGACAAGGUAUACCGCAGGUGCGAAAUCCAACCUUAGCAUCCCAAACUACUCCUGAACAAAGAUAUUGGAGAAGUUAUAUUAAUCCCCAAUUGAUCAAAGAGAACCAUGCAAUUAACCACAUUGAAUUCAAUCCAAUAGCACCACAUGAUUUUGCUGUUGUAUCAUCAACCAGAAUACAAAUCUUUUCAUCAAAGACGAGACAGAUCAUCAAGACAUUUUCUCGGUUUAAAGAUGUGGUAUUUUCUUCCAAUUUUCGAUACGAUGGGAAAUUGAUUUGUGCAUCUGAUGCCAGUGGUCUUGUAUCGAUAUACGAUAGUUAUCAACCACGAAAUUUACUAGUUAGUUUGAACCCAUCGCUGCAUCCUACCCAUGUUGCAAAGUUCCACCCUAGUAUUGGAUCUAAUUUAGUAACUGGAUCUGAUGAUCGUGUAUUACGAGUGUGGGACAUUUCACAAACAUCUCAGGGCCCCAUUCAAUCAUUUAACGAGCUGCAUCAUGGUGAUUACAUAAGAAGUGUAAAUUUUGUUCCUGGUGAUUCAAAUUUGUUAAUAACUGGAUGUUAUGAUGGCAUGGUACGAUUAUUUGAUACUAGAGAUCCAUCAGGUGCAGUUGCAUCUUUUAACCAAGAAAACCCGGUUGAAGAUGUUCUUGCAAUUAACGCCAGCACUAUUGUGAGUGCUGGUGGCCCACAUGCAAAGAUUUGGGAUUUGACUAGAAACUCUCAAAUUCAUCAGUUGAAUAACUUCACCAAAUCAACCACAUGUUUAUACGACACAAAGGAAAAAGGAUUAUUAAUCGGAUCUUUGGACGGACAUGUCAAAGUGUUUGACUAUAAUACAACAAAUUGGGAUGUCAAGUUUGGAUGGAAGUUCGGAAGUGGUGGGGUCUUAACAUGCGCCGUAUCGCCAUCCAAUUACAAACACUUUGCUGCGGGGUUAACGUCGGGUUUAAUUUCUAUACGUACCAAGACCACUGAACCAAAAGUGAAACAAGGUGUCAAACAAGAGACAAGUAAUGCAUAUGCGCGAAUGAUGAAAGGUAGAGACUACAAAGGAGAAGAAGAAUAUGAAAUAGUAAACAACACCAGUGGGCCGCAGACUAAAAAAUUGAAACAAUUUGAAAAGUAUUUGAACAGUUUCAAAUGGAGCGAGGCAUUAGACAGUGCUUUUGCACCAGGAUUACCAAAAGAGCAUACAAUCACCAUUCUCAACGAAUUGAAAACUAGAGGUAAAAUGAGAAUUGCCUUGUAUGAAAGAGACGAAAUUUCAUUAUUGCCCAUGCUACAAUGGUUUACCAAGAAUAUCGAAGAUGUAAGAUCAUUUAAUCUUAUAAGCGAUUAUAUUGCCGUGAUUUUGGAAAUGUACGGAUCAAUGAUUGAUAGAAGUGUUGUUUUGGAAGAGAGCUUUAGUGCCCUUUUGCGCAAAAUUGAAUUGGAGAUUGCCAAGUGCAAGGAAGCCAAUGAAAUAAAUGGUAUGUUGGAACUAUUAACUGUAUAG